AGAGGGUACACAGAGCCUCGCUGUCUAGCAUGUGAAGGGGUUGAAGCUUUCACUUCUCUCUCUCUCUUUACACGCACCCACUGUAACCCAGCCCAACUGGCAAUUUUGAUACAUUCGCAUAGAUAGCCUGAUUGAGGAGAGUGAAGACAAAAUUAAUUUAGGAUUCGACCCUGAUUCUCUUGGUUUUUUUCCCACACCCUCUCCACAGUAUCUCUACCUUGCUUAAUUAGCUUUUGCUUGUGGUCUUGUAUGUUUUCAAAGACCAGAACUAGAGAGAUAUUACCUUCUUUCUUUCUUCUUGAUAAAAGAAGCCAAGUUCAUUUCUUGUUUCUUUGAGACUAAAGAAAGAUAGAUUAAUUGCUAGCUAGCUAAGAGCAAAAUGAAUGCGUUUGCCUCAGAAUGCAAUAGUGGUUGUGAGUCUGGUUGGACUCUUUACUUGGAACAAUCUUUUCUUUCUCCAACUACUGCUGCUGCUGCUGCACAUAGAGGUUCCAAGCAAGUUGAUGGUAGAAAGAGUGGUUCUGGUUUUUGUGAUAAAGAGAAAAUUGCUAAUAAAGAAGAAAGUGAUCAUGAAGAGCAAGAACAUGAUGAGGAAGACUUGUCUAUGGUCUCUGAUGCAUCUUCUGGGCCUCCUCAUCAUUUCAUUGAAGACGAAAGUAAUUACUUCAACUAUGAUAAUAAUGGCUACUUCUUUCCUGCAUUUAAGGACACUACAUUGAUUAAUAAUGGUGGAAAAGGGAAAAAGGAGGAAGAACUCCCUUCUUUUCUUGAUGAUACUGCUAGCUCUCCUGCUUUCAACUUGUCCAAGAAUAACAAUUUUUCUUUCAUGCCCAACAAUCAAGCUUCAGUGGAGAGUACAUUGGAUUAUUCACAAGCUUCUACUUCUUCAGCUACUCAUUUUGAGUUGAGAUCUGCAUACCAAGACCACUAUGAUAGUUAUAUACAGUCUUCUCCAUCUGGUAACCAACUUCAAAAUAACCAGUGGUUCUAAGGGAAAUAAGAUGAUUGGCAUCAAGUUCCUGCCAUUGCAGAUUGUCGCUAUUGAAGUCACUGUAAAACAACAAUGGUAAUAGAGAAGAGCAAAUCUGUUGUUAAUUAAAGUGAAACAAAAAAAAAGAAAGAAAAGCAAAAGGAUCUCA